AUGAUCAAGGCAAUCUUCUACAGCAAAUUCGACACCCAAGAGGGUCCCAAGGUCGUCCAUCAAGUCCCCGACGGAGCUAUCGUCAACCCUACGAGCAACGAGCCCUCGCAGCCGCGCCUCCUCAUCUUCUCCGAUGUCUCGUUCUUCGUGAUUCCCCGCCAGGAGCUGUGCGGCAACUUCCUCCAGGUCUGCUCGAACGGCUACCGCAUCCUGGGUUACCCGAUUUGCAUGAAGUCGGCUCGUUAUGAUCGCAAUGAGUUCAUCUUCAACUUCUGUCUGGUGUUGGCCGAGGAGGAGGACUUCAGCACGUACAAGAGUGUGGUGCAGAAACUGGCCGACCUGAUGCAUGCCCUGGAGGAGCAGAAUGGGUUUUUGUCGCGGGAUUUCUCCAAGAGUGGCGAGGGCAAGGUCCACAGCCUCUGUGAGAUGUUGAUGGAAGACUUGAAUAACUACUGCGAGUGCAUGAUUCCCAUUGACGAUCUCAACACUCUGAAUAUCAAGCUCUUCCCCAUCUAUCCUUCUCCUCCGCCUGUUAAGGCCUGGCAAGUCCCUCUGUUCACGGUUCGGUACAAGGCCUUCAUGGAUGAGAAUUGGGACCUGACAUUGCAGAGGAUUGCACCCCAUAUCAACGGAGUCAAUAGUGUCCGCAUCAUUUCGAUCUUGGCCGACACAGACUUCUCCCUCACGUGUCGCGCAAUCCGGCAUCUACUCUACUAUGGCUGCCUGUUCUUGCUGGACAUCUUUUCCUUCUCGGCCGUCUAUGCACCCACGGCUCAGUUCAGCUCCACCAUCGCCUCGGACGAGGCUAUGCAACUCGAGUGUGCGCGGUACGUGAAUGCGCGUUUCGCACCGCACCCUCCAAUGGGGCCUCGCUCCCCACCUCCACCCACAUCUGCAACGAGCGGAGGACCAGCAACGCUUGCAAGCCCGCUCGCGGAUCCCGUGCCGAGCAUAUCCCGCGAGGACUCGCGCUUCGACGCCGAAGAGAUCUGGCCAUUAAUGGGCGAGCCAGAAGACAGCGAACCCAAUGACAACACCAAGCCCGACGACGCCGCAGAGAGCGACGCGUCUUCUGUUCCAGCAGCUCCACCAGAGCAAAGCCAAAGCAGCGACGUAGUCGACGGCGUGGGCCUCGUCGAGCUGUAUUCGGGUCUGAAACAAGGCCAGAGCGUCAAGCAAUGGUACUCGCACCGCAGCCGCGAGCUCGCCAACAUCGACAUCCGCCGCUUCAUCACCUUCGGCGUCAUCAAGGGCUUCCUAUACCGCGUCCACAAAUACGCCUGCGCCACGGGUCUGCCCGCUCCCCCGCCCCGUUCCUCGUCUUUCCUUCCCGUUGCUGGUCCCCACCUCUCGACCGGCCCGUCUUCCCGCGCCACCACCGGCACAAACACACCCUACACUGCCUCGAGUGUCGGCGACGACGGCCCGCUCUCGGCGGCUGAGCGUGCCACCUCUUUCCACAGCGGGAGCCGCAGUGGUUAUGGUCCGGGGAGUGUUCCGUCUGGGAUGUGGGAUGACGAUGAUGAUGACCCUAUCGAUGAGCGUACCUUGGCGAGGUAUCUCGAUGGGACGCACUCCUUCGACCAGAUCUGUACCGAGCUGGAGAUCAGUGAGCGCGAGCUGACUGCUAGGUUGAAGCGAUAUCCCGGCGAGGUCCUUAUUAUUCACCGUUGA